UGGUGCCACUUUCAGUUUCUGCAGCAUACUUGCCCCGCUAAGACGUGUUACGCAAACAUUGCAUCGCACCGGUCCGGUCGCCAUUCCUAUGACAUACUUUUUUUUACGAACCUUCUUUGUAGAUAAAAUUUGAAUUUCGAACAGUACACAGAUAUAAUAUAAGCAUUUAUUAAUUCAUAAAUAUACACGAUUCUAUAUUUAAAUUACUAAUUGCAUUACUAUUCGAUUGCUUCCCGCUCAAUUUUUUUUUUUUAUUUUAAAUUGCAAGGCAAAGGUUGACAUUUGUUAAUCUUAUUUUAAUUUAAAUAAUAAUUGUUUGUUUUGUGCAAACAAAAUGAACAGAACGUUGAAGUGUUUGUUUGUCGAGUGCAAGUGCAAUGUGUGUGUUUUGUACGAGUCUAAAUUUUGAGCCACCAUCUGUCGAAAAAGUGGAGGGCGCCGCGAAGGCGAGGCGGGGGGCUGCGCGGGCGCAGGCGCCCCCCUCGCGCCGCCCGCGCCGACACACCCCCUGCGCGCCCUCGGUGACAUGCCGCCUGUGCUCAGAUCCAACCCGCUGUACACUGAGGAGGAGGAGCAGGAGGUCGUGAUCGUGGUGGACGAGGAGACGCCAGAUGACGCGACAGACGCCGACGCGACAGACGCGCCGGACGCGCCGCGCGUGCCGCGACGAGCGCCCUCCACUUCAUCGGGUUACGGCAGCGCGGGCGGCAGCCAUGGUCGCGUGUCACCAAACUUACCAAAGAGCGAACAAUACGAACCAGAGCCGCGACGACUCUCCUCCGAGAAGACCGACGGCUCUCUUCGGUCCACUUCUGACUCUGAUGCGAGUCCCUCCUGCACUCUGUCCCGGAGCCUCAAGGAGGACAUUCGAGCGUGUUUGGGAUGCAGGGACUACCCAGUGAAGCAAGCGGAUUUCACCCAGGGGAUGCCUAUCCGUUGGGAGAGGGACAUAGGGGAGGUGGUGGAGGCUGCGGUGAGGGGUGCGGGCGGCAUCAGUGCGGCGCGCGCGCGGCUUCACGCGGCGCUGCUGGCGCUACACGACCCCCCGCACAGGGGGCCCAGCCUGCCGUACUGCGGCCCGGGGGUGCGGCCUGGUGACGUCACUAUGAUGCCCAAGACUGAGAUGUCGUUGUUGGCUGCCAGUGCGCUAUUCACUCUUGACGGGAGCCGCGGAGAAGAACUAACAAGAAGGCUGGCUCGAGGAGAGAAAAGAAGAAGAAGAUGCCGAGCAGUCCUUGCCCUAAUAGCUUUGCUGCUGCUUAUUGCUGCCAUUUGUGCUGUGGAGCUGCUCAUGUCGAGGGGGCAGCGCGUCUUCGGGGCAGUUCUACGCUGACUUUUUCUUAAUGUUUUGUUUCAGAAACAUUUCUUGAAGAAUUGGAUCAACUUCGGAAACAUCUGUAUGCAAAAUCCUGAUCGACUUGAUCUCAGAAUUUAUUUGAUCUACGCCGCUAUGAUAUGACAAUGUCGUAUUAUAUGAUGUCUUAAUAUGACUUAUUGCAUUACUUCGGGUGGAUUAUAAGUUAACAACGAUAUUAUACUAUGAUGCUGUAUUUAUAUACCUAUGCUGAAUUUUAUGCGUUGAAGUUACUUUAAUGAAAUGCCAUGUUUUAUUGUAAAAAUAGAAAUAAAAUGUACUUUAGAUGCCCUAAAAUCGAUUUAGGGUACUUCAUUGGAUAACGCAGUUGUCUGUCGGUCAAUGUGAUGAGAUAAAAUACGUAAACAAAAUGACCGUCACUAAGGUACCUCACGAAAGAAAGCGAUUAUUAUCUUUUAUCUCAUUUAUUUAUAAUUUUUUUAUUAUAUUUUUAAUAAUAGAUGAACUUUUAAAUUUUACUUUUAAAAAACAAAAUCCUUGUUUUUAAAUCUCAAUUAUUUUAACUUUUGCCUCAACAUAUUCACAAACAGCCUCAAUUUUCUUGCUUUUAAAUUUUGAAUUUUGUUUAUAAAAGUAGUUUUCGUGAAACUAGAGUGUCAAUCACGACGCUAAAACUUAUUACGUAUUAAUCAGUUUCUAUUUUUUUCUUCAUUACGCUCGGGACUAAAACUAGUAAAAGAACAUAAAGAAUAAUUUUAGUCUCUUUCAUAACUUGUUAACAAUCUACUGUUGUAUUUUGAUGAAGGAAUGCAAGAUCUUACUUUUAAUUAUACUACACAACACAAGCACAGAGAGUAAACGUGCCAUUUAAAUUACACGCAUUAUACUCAUCAGUCUAAAUCGCGAUUUGCUGGUAGUUUCUUCGUCUUUUAUAUAAGCUUAUUCUUAAUCACAAAUGAUAUGAUGAAUGAUGAUUAAUCAUAAAUAUUACAUUUAUGUUUGUAAUGUAUGAUAUAUAUACAUACCUAUAUAUACAUUUAUUCUUAUUGUUAACCGAGACUUGAAAAUUUGCAUAGUUUUACUAUUUUAUGAAGUAUCUAAAUAGGUACUUACUUGUAUAUUUUUUUAAGUAGAUAAGCAUUUUAUUUUAAAAUUAACUAGAUAUGUGAUGCUUUGGCUGUCCAUUAAAACUGAAUAGUUACCAAUGCAAUUUAUUAUUAUUAUUGUGUUAGAAAUAUAAUUUGAUUAUUGUAAAAAGCUAUAGAAACAGUAGGUAUAAGUUUUGUUAUAAUAUAGCGGCCAUAUGUGAUAAAUUAGCUUAGUAAACAAUAUACAUAAUUAUAUUUUAAUGGUAUUAUAAAUUAAUAUAUGUAUAUUUAAUCAAUACACGUAUAUCUUUCAAAUGUUGCAUAAUUGAUACAUUGGAACUACUUACUAGGUUUAAAUAAAUCCGUAAUUUGUAUUUUUUAUAUUGCAUAUGUUUCUAAGUAUAUUGCUGUAUAUCUAUCUAUCUUCUGUAUAUCCCAGGCUAUCGUCAUAACUUAAUAUAUUAGUUUUUUUUUCACUAUUAAAUUUUUGUGUUACAAAAUGAUUGUUAUAUAUUUUCCAAUCAUAUUAAUAAUAUAGAUAUAUAAAACGGUUCCUGUUAUUUGUACUGGGAUGGGAUUUAAAUUUUAAAAAUAGUGUCAAUUUAUUCGUAUAUCUAAUCGUAAGGAUGUAAUUGUUUAUUUCUUAGUUAUAACUUAGUAUUUAAGAAAACAAGUGCCUUGAAAAAAUUAAUACCGUAAAUGAAACACUUCUUUUUGUCCAUAUAAUAGCUUUUACUAUUACAUAUUCCGUGGUAAUAGUUAUUAAAUACACAUGAAAUUAUUUUGCAAGGGUUCAAUAAAUAUGUAUUAAAUAAUUAUUUAUGGCAUUAUUAAUUAAGCUCAUUAUCAUAUAUCAUCAUGAUAAAUAUUAUUAAUACAAAUAUACAACAAAAUUGUAAUGCAAAAUGUAUGGUUUUGUGAUGAUGGUAUUAGAUAUUAUUACUCCUAGGGUGAGAUCCUCUGAUGGAUAAACUUUUGUUAUUUUAUAAAAUGAGCCCGUCCAUAAUAAACCUCAGUAAUAAUACAUGUAACUUUAGCAGCUCAAUGUUAGACUAAUUUUUUAAAAUAAAGUUUUAGUUUAUCAAAAAAAAAAAUAUUAUGAGAACGAGAAAGACACUAAUAUUAUGUUAUUUUACUAAAUAAUAAAUAUUAUUUUGGUAAUAUUAUGUUAUUUUACUAAAUAAUAAAUAUUAUUUUGGUAAUAUUAUGUUAUUUUACUAAAUAAUAAAUAUUAUUUUGGUAAUAUUAUGUUAUUUUACUAAAUAAUAAAUAAUAUUUUGGUUUUUAUUAUCAACUUAUUAUAACAAACAUCAAAUCAAUUGACAAAAUGUCAUUUAUUUACUGUGUAAUAUCCACCAGUAAGCACCGGAUGACAUUUUUACAUAGAAUUGCAAAGCGAAAUCUCAAUUUUGCUUGUAUU